AUGUGCGAACCAACUAUCUUUCACUCUGGCUCACAGUCUGCCGCCACCGAAAAUUCUGUGCCUCAACAGCCCAUAACCGUCCCAUUUCCUCCGCCAGUCAAAGUAGAGGAUUUGAUCAACAUAAAAAAGGAUGGCGAGGUGCCAGCAAGAUCACCAAACGCAUUUCUGAUAUAUCGAAGAUUGUUUGUUCGUGAAUUAAAAGCAAAAGACUGCACGUUUAAAAUGACCGAAGUCAGCUCUAUGGCUAGUAUAUCUUGGCAAAAUGAACCGAAAUACGUUAAGGAUGAGUACUGGCGCAUUGCCACGGAGGCACGGAAUGCUCUGAUGAAUGCACGUCGUACGUCGUUAUCCUUUGCUCGUCGCAAGCAACGCGGGUCGAAUCGGUUCACAGGUCGCAUAAAGGAAGACUCGCAAACAAAUGCUGCCCAAAAAAAGAUUGUUGAAAAUACAAUCGAACCAGCUCAUUUUCAACAGCAACAGCAACAACAGCAACAACAGCAGCAACAACAGCAACCGCAGCAACCGCAGCAACAACAGCAACAACCGCAGCAGCAACAGAAUAAUAGUCAAUUCAUUUAUGAUCCGUUUGCUUGUAUGCCAUCGGAAUGGUGGCUGUAUACGAAUACUCUUGACCAGCCACCUUAUCUUCACCCUCCCUCCAUCUCUCUAUCUCCAGAGGCCCAAUACGUUAACGACAUAUCCGAAGAUACCAGCUAUUUUUGGAAUAUAAAUCCUAUUGGUCAAUCAUCGUCUGAUGAAGAAUUGACCAGUCAGCAAACCACUCCGACUGAGCCGGUGCUGGAUGUAUCUCCGUCCAUGUCAGUUUGGGUGAACAGUCCGUCUAGCCCUUCUAAUAAUGUUAAUGAACAGACGGAUGUUUCUUCAUACCGUCAAUCCAUCGCUAGUUGGGAUGAUCCCAUGUAUAAUAUUGAGAUAGGGGGUGAUGAAAAUGAGCUUUUUCAACAAACAUUUAUGCUUUCGUGA